AUGGUGAAGAUCAAGUCCAUCGAGUACUUCCGCGUUAAGCCUCGCUGGCUGUUCGUCAAGAUCACUGAUGAAGAGGACAGCUUUGGUUGGGGAGAGGCCACAUUAGAAGGGCACUCUCUAGCUGUCGAGGGUGCGCUGGAUGAGAUCAUCACUCGUAUCGUGGGACAAGAAGCCGACGACAUCAACCACAUCUGGCAACUCAUUUGGCGUCUCGGUUUCUACCGUGGUGGGCCUGUCUUCGGAUCGGCUCAAUCCGGUAUCGAUAUUGCCUUGUGGGAUCUAAAGGGGCGGAGGCUGGGUGUCCCUGUGCACCAGCUUAUUGGCGGGAAGGUGCGCCAGAAGGUGCAGGUCUAUGCCUGGAUUGGAGGCGACCGACCAAGCGAUGUCGAGGCUGCAGCGAAGGAGCGAAUCGCCCAAGGCCUGAAGUGUAUCAAGAUGAACGCUACCGAAGAUGUCAACUGGCUCGACUCACCCGCCGUUUUGCAAUCAUGCGUGGAGAGAUUGAAGACCGUGAAGGCGCUGGGUCUUGAUGCUGGUCUUGACUUCCACGGUCGUUUGCAUAAACCAAUGGCCAAGCAGCUGGCCAAGGCGUUGGAGCCUUAUCAGCCUCUUUUCAUCGAGGAGCCCCUACUGUGCGAGCACCCAGAAGCACUCAAGCAGCUUUCCGAGCACACAACAAUCCCGAUCGCAUUCGGCGAGCGUCUGUACAACAGAUGGGAAGUUAAAAGAUUCCUGGAAGACUCUUCCGUGGAUGUUCUACAGCCCGACCUUGCCCACGCUGGAGGUAUCUCCGAGGUCAUGCGUAUCGCCAACAUGGCCGAAGCCUACGACGUUGCAAUCGCUCCCCAUUGCCCCCUCGGCCCUAUUGCACUGGCUGCGUCGCUUCAAGUGGCUGUCUCAGUACCCAACUUUGUCAUCCAGGAGAUGUCGCUGGGCAUGCACUACAAUAUAGAGGCUGGAGACAUCGAUCUGAACACCUACUUGGUGGAUACGUCUGUGUUUGAUAUUACGGAUGGGUAUGUGAACGCCACUUCCAAGCCCGGUCUGGGAAUUGAGAUCGAUGAGCAACUAGUGCGGAAGAUCAGCAAGGAGACGCAACCUUGGCAGCCGAAGGAGUUUUACGGACCAGAUGGGUCCAUUCGGGAAUGGUAA